AAGACGGAGUUGGUCAUCAGAAAAAUUACUUGACAGAUUCCCAACUGUCUUGGGAGGAAAUCUGAUGCCGGUGCACCUGGAGGAGGCGCAACACGAAAAUAUUCCGGGUGAUGAAUUCUGGGAGCAAGAACAGGCGGAAGACCGGGUAGUACGUGUAGGAGGCAGUGCGGGUCACCAACUUGGCGGCUGAACAGAGGAAGGCUUUGGCAAGGAAUAGCGCCUGGCGGAGACUUCUGGGAAAUGGAGUCCGGCGGCGGGGGUGCAUAUGCGCAUGACCGGAAGUGUUGCCGGUCAGCCGCGUCGCCUUGGCGCGGGAGCUGGGCCCCGGCCUGUGCAGCGCCGUUGUCCACAGUUCCUGAGCUCGCACGGGCCUUCGGUUGCUGGCCCUUGUCAUUUUCUCAGAAGCCAGCAGCAGCUUUUUCACCCGGUUCUGCUUGAGGCCUAGCUGAGGGGUCGCCGAGUCUAGAGACAAGGAGGCUCCUGGUGCCCCGCACCGCAGGCUCAGAGCGGGCCCCGAGGGAGAGGUUGAGGAAGAAGAGUCCAGCCGGGGAGCUGUCAGAGCAGCCCUCCAGUCCGGGCUCCGGCUGCGGUGCAGAGACGCUGACGCCCAGGAAACUGCUGGGAGGCCGUGGCGCGAGGUGGGACCCAUAUGCCGGAGGAAGGAGACUGGAAAGCUGUACCUGAACUACCAGGGCAAGCCCUUUACGAAGAGACACGCCAAAGCACACGUGAGCAGGGGAAGAGCUUCAGUCUAAGACCAGUCCUUUCUCCACAACACAGAGUUCCUGCAGGAGUGAGGUCUUGCAAACCUAAAACCCUUCCCAAGAGCUUCCAGAAUUUAGAAAAAAUUCAGCCUCACAAAGUAAAGCCAUUUGCAUGUCAUGAGUGCGGCAAAGCCUUCAGCUACUGUUCUUCCCUUUCUCAGCAUCAGAAAAGCCACACUGGAGAGAAGCCCUAUGAGUGCAGUGAGUGUGGGAAGGCCUUCAGCCAGAGCUCCUCACUUAUUCAGCACCAGAGGAUUCACACUGGGGAGAGACCAUACAAGUGCACAGAGUGUGGGAGAGCCUUCAGCCAGAAUGCGAACCUCACCAAACACCAGCGCACUCACACCGGAGAAAAGCCCUACAAGUGUAGCGAGUGUGAGAAAGCCUUCAGCGACUGUUCGGCCCUUGUUCAGCAUCAGCGAAUCCACACUGGAGAGAAACCCUACGAAUGUAAUGACUGUGGGAAGGCCUUCCGCCACAGUGCAAACCUCACCAACCACCAGAGGACUCACACUGGUGAGAAGCCUUAUGAGUGCAGUGAGUGUGGAAAGGCCUUCAGCUACUGUGCAGCCUUCAUUCAGCACCAGAGGAUUCACACAGGAGAGAAGCCCUACAAGUGUGCCAUGUGUGGCAAGGCCUUCAGCCAGAGUGCAAACCUCACCAACCACCAGAGGACUCACACUGGAGAGAAACCCUACAAGUGUAGUGAUUGUGGAAAGGCCUUUAGCCAAAGUACAAAUCUUAUAAUCCACCAAAAGACCCACACUGGAGAGAAACCAUAUAAGUGCAACCAGUGUGGGAAAUUCUUCAGUGAGAGCUCAGCCCUUAUUCGACAUCACAUAAUUCACACUGGAGAAAAACCCUACGAAUGUAAUGAGUGUGGAAAAGCAUUUAACCAGAGUUCAUCCCUUAGCCAACAUCAGAGAAUCCACAGCGGUAUGAAGCCCUAUGAAUGCAGUCUGUGUGGGAAGGCCUUCAGGUGUAGCUCAGCUUUCAUUAGACAUCAGAGUCUCCAUGCUACAGAGUAACUGGGAACAGUGGUCAAGGGGGCCCCCCCCCAGAUGCUCCAACUCAACUCGACAUCCACAUCAGGUGGAUGGGUGAGCAGCUUGGAUAAAUGCAGGUGCUGUGAAAGCCUUGUGGAGACAUCUGACUCAUAGCUUUUACAUGUUGUAAGUAGAAGCUCAAGUGCUUCCUCUGACAUUUUCAAUCUUCAGUAAGCACCAGCCUAAAACACCCAAGCAGUCCAAACUCUGAGGCAAUUCUAGAGACCGAAAAAAUGAUCAAGUCACUGCAAAACUUGGUUCUUCCAUCAAGGCCAGGUACUUUCGCAAUGCUCAUUUCUUCUGGAAAUAGAAUGAUUGCAAGAGUUCUUAGCCAGAUACUAAGGUAUCCAAUAAUUUAGGGUGGUAAAUGUGAGCGAGGAAAGGGAUUCCUGAGUGACUAUCCAGUACUAGACAGGGAGGAGUACUUUCCUAAUGCUGAAAGGUAGGCCCAGAACUCACCUAUGAACUGUUGCAGACCUUGUCACUGAAGAAGUGGAAGCAGACCCAAGAUCCUGCUUUCUGGCAAACUCCUACACCUAAAAAGUCAUAUCCCAUUUUAUGAGAACCAGAACAGGAAGGGUCAAUCAAGGAUCUGAGCCAUGCUUAUCAAGGGAUCAGUCAUGAGCUGCACUGAGACUCAUUAUAUUCCUUCUUCCUGAUACAUAUGGCUUAAUGUUCCCUUUAGGAGACAGACUUUCACUACCAGCCUUCCUUUCUUCCAUUCUGACUUGGGUCCUAACCUUGACAAGGCCAUUCUUAAACCCUAACUAUCUUGCACCUGGUUUUUGGUGAGCCAAGCAUGGCCUGCUGUGAGAGGCUAGUUGUGACCUCAGACUGCAUCACUCAGGGGCUUUAGCUUGUUUCCUGGGUAACUUGGUACAUGCAUGUGCCACUUUCCAGGCCAUUGGAAUACCCCUUUCCCUCAGUUACUCCUGAAUUCAGGCAGUCCUUUCUACUUGAGGCAGCUGUUCAAGCUGGAAUGAAAUGGAACAUGUGGGGAAAAAUCAAGUCCCUAGAGCAAUCAUUUCCAUUUCUCUGGGAACCUUUUUUUGGUGCCCAGAAAAAGCUGCCUAGUUGCAGUCUGUCCCAGUGUCAAGGGUUAGGUUAAGGGGUUAAGCACAAGGUCAGAAGUUACAGGACUAAGGAAAGAUGAGACUUGGGACUAGGAAAAUAGCUACUAAUUGAAGGCUAGUUAAUGCCUUCACUUGCAAGCACAAGGCCCUGGGUUCAAUCCCCAGCACUGCAAAAAAAAAAAAAAUAAAUAAAUGCCUUCAAAGAUGACUUUUCAUAAGAGCAGUUGAAAACUUAUUAACAGUCAGGAUCCUCUUCAAAGGCUUUAUGGGCCACACCCCAGGUCCUCUGAUAGAUUAAAGUGGGUUGAAGAACUACUUUCCAGGCAUGUCCAUGUGCAACUAAGAUUAAUUUUUUUUUGGCUAAGAAUGUUCAAGCAUACAUAAAAACCAGCUUUCCACUUGUCUUUUCUGAGCUUAUGCCAUACAUGGCAGAAUGCAUUACCAGAGUACUUCACAGGUUCUGCCACUGUGGCCCACACUGAUCACCCAAGAAACAAGGAGCCAGCUCAUUCAAGGAUGAAGCCCACUGGUCGUCAGAUGGUCCUUUAUUAAAUACUAAAAUAUUUUCUCAUGUAUUUCUUAACUCUGUGGGAAAGAAAAGAGUGGCUCUAUCAGUAAAAGGCAAGUUAAAAGAUCUUCUCCUGACCCUACCACUGUCAUCUCCAUGAACACAUUAGCUGCCCCCACUCAUCCCUUUAUUAUAACCAAGUGAAAUGGACACAGAAAUCACUUACCGCUGGGCACUCCACUGCACCACUGUUGAUAUCGUCUAUGAUGUCAUGAGGGUGGCGGCCAUCAACAUUACAGCCCACAGACUGGGCAGUCCCCAGAAUCUCCUUAAUGGUUCCUAUAAUUAAGAAAAGGUGUUUGGUUGUGUAUAGCUCAGUGGUAGAGCUCUUUCCUAGCAUGUAUGAGGCCCUGUGUUUAAUCCCCACUACAGGGGGGGGGGGGGAAAUCCCUUGUUUCUACAGCAUAAGACUUGGAGCUCCAUAGACCUUGAAUACAGUGUCUCCACUAGGUCUCUGGAUGCCCAGCUCAAGACCCAAGCAGUUUUUCCAACCCCCAGAAAACACUAUGCCCCAACCUGGGAAUUCAUCCUCAGUAGCCUUUAUGUACAACACCUACAAAACCUUAACAAGUGGUCUGCACAUACACUAAAACUUAAAACAUACGGAGAUUAGCAUGGCCCCUGCACAAAGAUGACAUGCAGGGCUGGGGAUAUAGCUGUUGGUAGAGUGCUUGCCUCCCAUACCCAAGGCCCUGCAUGUUCAGUCCCCAGCACCAUACACACAAACACACACACACACAAAAGAUGACAUGGGGAUUUGUGAAGCAUUCCAUUUUUAAGGGAAAUGCAGUGUUCACCUGGUGCUCAAGAGGGCUUCCUUCAACACAAAACCUUAAAUUGAGCAAAGUUGUCAUUAAGCAAUAUGUGUUGGUCAAUCAAAGUUUUUAUAAGUAUCCUAUCUGCAGGAUGGCAGAACAUGAUAAGUUAAAUGCCCUCCAAGUGGCAAGAUACUAACCAUUUACUGAAAACACCCUAAGUUAUGAUGGCUACAUGUUGUCUUGCUCUUACCAGAAAGUUCUCUAGCUAAAGAUCUAUGACGCAUCUGUCGGGCAAUGUUGACAAUUUCAUCAAAAGUGAUGUUUCCACUGUGUUUAACUGCAAAAGAAAAACACAGUAAAAGCUUUGUCACAGUUAAAGGCCAAAGGGGGACUGCAUGUCCUCCACUACUUGCAGGCUGUUCCCAUGCUUUCGGCACAGAGUCACCCACACGAAGAAUAACCCUGUUUCCUUGGCUGGGGUUUACUAUCAGCUCACCACUGGACUGCACCAGCCCACAAACUGGUCAGGUGCAGUGGCGGGUGGCUAAGGACGAAAUCAAGUCUUCACCAAUCUGCCAUGGACAGACUUCAUGUUACAGGCAUUAGAGACAACAUGCUAAAAUUACUGUUUAAGUGUCCAGUCACAUGUUCUCAGUUGCUUUCCCCCGAUGACAACCAAGGGACCUGCCCAACUAGGGAAAGCCACAUAGUACUUUUUGGUAGUGCCUGGCUCUAACAACCUUGCCCAAAUCAAUUCCCACACUGAUGCAUUUUACUAAAGGGAAAACAUGGAGCUAUGUAUCAAACAUUGAGUUAUGUAACAACAUAAAAAACUACAAGCAAAUCUAGAGAAAACCCAACUUACUGUUUUUCUGUUUCUUUCUGUCUCUUGGUGGCUCCUUGAGGGCUUUUAUGAUCAAGGCAGAGGCAGAAGGUACCACCUCAAUCUGCAGAAAAGAUUCUUGAUGUGAGUCCUCAGAGACCACGGGCCAGACCCUAGGCUACUAUACAUAUUUAAGUUUCUUUAAGUAUUAAAACCCAUUCCUACGCAGGAAAUGUUAUGUGAUUUACCCAAUGUCAUGUGGGUUAAAUCUAUGCCCAAGUCUUUGCCUUGGGUCCAUGCUCUUGACAAGUCUUCCCACAAGGACCAAAUUGUUCAGUUCACCACCAAUGGUGAGACCCUCCUAAUCCAGGGAGACUCCAGAGGAUUGCUAUCUCUGCCCCCCGUCUCAAACACAAAGUA